UCGCAAAAUUAAACAGGAUUUUCUGUAAAUUGGACGUGGUCUCACAGGUUAUUACAGUCUCCACGAUAAACUUUAGUGAUCGUCGACUCAAGUGACUCGUUAACACUUUCUUUGUCUCCACAAUGCAAAAAGUCAAUAUUAAACUACCUCUGAUUACCAUAAAUAAACAUUGUAAAUACUGCUUAAAACCGGUAACCUCCGACGAUCUUCGCUGCAAUGGUAACUGCAACACUGUCGCACAUUUCAUUUGCACAAUACGUGCUCACAAAAGUAUACACAUAAAAAAUCACCGUGAUCAUUUUCUUUGCCUUUGGUGUAGUGUUUAUAAACUUGAGGAGGAUACUUGCCGGCAGUUCGAAAUGCUUAUCGAAACUGAUAAUUCAGAUAAAAGUGAUGAUGAUUUACUUAAUUCCUCUAAGAGUGUCGUCACUUCAAAACAAUCGACAAUACCACCGUUUUCCUCCAAAAUAAUCUCACCUUCACCCAUCGAAUCAUCUGAAAAUUCUAAUAAAAAAUCCCUCAAAACCGACAUUGCUAAAAGUACUAUAAAAACCCAAUGCAUUGUUUCAACAUCCGUUUCUUAUCCUCUUCCAAGUGAGGGUAUCUACUGCGAAUCAGCUUCGUACGAAAGUGAUAUUUUGAAUAAAAAUAAUACUGCUGUACCUGAAAAUUCCAAUAAGAGUAUCGUCACUCCAGGAACAUCGUUGAAUAUGACGCCUGAAACUCUUGAUCAAGUGGAUCAACUCGAAUCAAGUGGAAAUUCUAGUUUAGGAUUCUUCAAAAAUUUAUUUACCAGUCCUAAAAAAAGAUCCUUGAAUGUAACGCCUAAGACUCCUACCUUCGAGCAAUCUCAAAUUAUAAAUAAAUUCGAAACAGAUACUCCUAUUACUCCAAAGACUCGAAACAGUUGUUCACCCCUUUCUCCAGGUCCUCGUGCGAGUUCUCCCUUCAUCUUUACCUUCUCUCCAACUAAAAUAAAAAAAUCUCAUAAAAAGACUCAAGACUUCUCAGAACAUACUAUAAAAGAAUUUUCUACUCAAAACAUUUUCCAAGAGAUGUUGGUAAAUCUUAAAGACUGUAAGACGUUACUGCAGGAAAAUAUAUUGUAUCAAAGAAUGAUAUACUCGCUUGAAAGAGAAAAAAAGCAACAUUUGAAAAAUCUGGAGGAUCUAAUGAAAUCAAAUUUUGAUACUGUCCAUAAAAUUCAAAGGCAAAUUUAUACUAUGCGGGGCCAAUAUACAGAGCUCAGUAGUCAUUUAAGAAAUAUUUCAAUUCAAAAAAGUAAAUCGAAAAAUAUCUCCUCUGUCUGAAAAAAGCAGAAGAUUGAAUUCGUAUGUAAGAUGUAAGAUAUUUAGAUUGUAUAUAUAAAAAAAGACAAGAAAGACGUUAAGCAAUUAUCUGCUAAAUCUACUAUAAUCUUAUGAAUAAGAAGUUAUCUAUUAUAAUCACAACAUUAGCUGUUUUGCAAGCUAAUAUUAUAUGUAACUUUGAAAACACAAUCCCUCGCAUGCUCUUGUUUCUUCUGAUAGACGAAACGACAGAUUUUCGGAAUUCUGUUUUCUUUCUCUUUGUAGUAAAUGUUCGACGAAAAAAAAAACUUUUUACCUCAUCACGAUGUAUUCACUCCUCUGGAAGUUCUUUUAAAUAAAUCAACUAAAUCAAGUGAAGAUUUUUCUUAACAU